AUGAAGAUCCCACAAGGUUUUUCUAAAGAAGUAGAAACUCGAGUGUGUCGUCUAAGAAAAUCCUUAUAUGGGUUGAAGCAUGCUUCACGCAAUUGGUAUCACAAGUUCACAACUUAUCUUUUGAGCUUGAAAUUCAAACAGUCCAAGGCCGAGCACUCGCUAUUCAUUUAUGAGAAUGCAAAAAUAACGAUAGUUGCUCUCAUUUAUGUGGACGACGUGAUCAUUACAGGAAAUUGCCUCGAUACAAUUCAAGAAAUAAAGGCGCAACUUGACAAAGAAUUUAGUGUUAAAGACCUUGGCCCUCUCAAAUACUUUAUUGGCAUAGAAGUAACCAAAACUAGCGAUGGACUAGUUCUAAGCCAACGAAAAUAUACAUUGGACAUCUUAAAGGAUAGUGGGAAAUUGGGCUGCAAACCGAGUUCCUUUCCUAUUGAACAAGGUUUGAAGCUUGACAAAGGUGACAAUGAAGCGCGUGUCGAUGCAGGUCAAUAUCGCCGUCUGAUCGGCCGGUUGUUGUACCUUCAAGCCACACGUCCAGACAUUACCUACUCAGUCAACGUCCUGAGCCAAUUUGUAGCUGAUCCGAGAACCAGUCAUAUGGAAGCGGCAAACCGUGUCCUUCGAUACUUAAAGGCUACACCGGGUCAAGGCAUCUUCCUUUCCCGAGCAGGAGAUCCCGUCUUAAAUGCUUAUUGUGACACCGACUGGUUAGGAUGCUCUUAUAUAAGACGCUCACGUACAGGUUACUUCCUCUUCCUAGGUGGGGCUCCUAUCUCUUGGAGAAGUAAGAAACAGUCUGUUGUGUCGCGAUCUUCCGCAGAAGCAGAAUAUCGAGCAAUGGCGUCCACCGUUAGUGAAAUUCUUUGGGUUCGUUGGCUACUUAGUGAAUUACGAAUUGACACUUCAUCACCCACACCCUUGUUUUGUGACAAUCAAGCUGCUCGUCACAUAGCUAAUAAUCCGGUUUUCCACGAAAGAACUAAGCACGUUGAGAUGGACUGUUACUUUGUUCGUGAACGCGUUCAGUCCAAGGAGAUUGUUCCCAUGCAUAUAAGCAGCAAGAUGCAGUUAGCUGACUUGUUGACAAAAGGACUGACAGCACAGCAACUUCAAUUUCUUCUUGGCAAGAUUAGCAUUACCAAUUUGCAUGCUACAUCUUGA